CCACCCGUGCAUUAGCUUCAUUCAUUCAAAGCAUCUUCUUCUUCUUUCUUUCUCUUCAAAAUCCUUUAAUCUUUCUUUCUUUCUCUUCAAACGCGCUUGUCGUGAAGUGAACUAAAUGACACUCGCGGCUUGUCUUCUUCUCUCUUAAAUGCUAAACCCUCCUCUAUUUUCCCUUCUCAACCAUUCCUUCCUUUUCUUUUUCCCUUCCAUUCCAAUGGCCAACAUUUCUCUCUUCCUUCUCCCCCUUCUUUUCUCCUCUCUUUCCGGCUUCCUCUGCCGGAGCUUGCCUCCCACCCCUACAACCGCCGUGCUCGACGUCGCCACUUCCAUUCAGAGGACUCAACAGAUCUUCGCAUUGGACCCUGAAUCUUCAAUGACAGAUGAAAAUACCGUCUCCGAUUCAUCUUCCUUGACUCUCCAGUUGCAUUCCAGGAUUUCAGUUAUGAAAACCUCCCACAGUGACUACAAAUCCCUCACAUUAUCCAGACUGAAGCGCGACUCUGCUCGAGUCAGAUCUUUGACUGCUAGGAUGGAUUUAGCCAUUCGAGGCAUUACUGGAGCAGAUCUUGAACCCCAAUUUGGGGCUGAGGAUUUCGAGAGUCCGAUUGUGUCAGGCGCGAGUCAGGGGAGUGGUGAGUACUUCUCCCGAGUCGGAAUCGGUCGGCCGCCGAGUCCGGUUUACAUGGUGCUCGAUACUGGCAGCGAUGUAAGUUGGGUACAAUGCGCGCCUUGCGCUGAAUGCUACGAGCAAACAGAUCCAAUCUUUGAGCCUACUUCCUCUGCUUCUUUCACUUCUCUGUCCUGCGAAACAGAGCAAUGCAAAUCGCUCGAUGUUUCGGAGUGCCGGAAUGGUACUUGUCUUUACGAGGUCUCUUACGGUGAUGGGUCUUACACAGUCGGCGAUUUCGUUACUGAAACUGUUACUUUCGGCUCGACUUCUCUCAGAAACAUUGCCCUAGGUUGUGGCCAUAACAAUGAGGGUUUGUUCAUCGGCGCUGCUGGCUUGCUCGGACUCGGCGGCGGCUCGCUCUCGUUCCCUUCACAGCUCAAUGCCUCGUCUUUCUCGUAUUGUCUCGUGGACCGCGACUCUGAUUCCACCUCGACUCUCGAUUUCAACUCACCGAUUCCUCCCGAUGCCGUAACCGCGCCGCUUCACCGGAACCCUAAUUUAAACACGUUCUUCUACCUAGGCGUGACGGGGAUGAGCGUCGGAGGUGAUAUACUUCCGAUUCCGGAGUCGUCGUUCCAAAUGAGCCAAGACGGUAACGGCGGGAUCAUCAUCGACUCCGGUACCGCCGUGACGCGGUUGCAGACCACCGCUUAUAACGUGCUGCGCGAUGCAUUCGUCAAGAGCACGCACGAUUUGCAGUCCGCACGUGGCGUGGCGUUGUUCGAUACAUGUUACGACUUGUCGUCAAAGUCGAGAGUUGAAGUACCGACGGUGUCGUUUCAUUUCGCCAACGGGAAGGAAUUGCCGUUGCCGGCUAAAAAUUACCUGAUACCGGUUGACUCUGAAGGGACGUUUUGUUUCGCCUUUGCUCCUACGGAUUCCACGUUGUCAAUCCUCGGGAACGCACAGCAGCAAGGGACACGUGUCGGUUUCGAUCUAGCUAAUUCGCUCGUUGGGUUCUCCCCCAACAAAUGUUAAUUGUUAUAUAGUUUUUUUUUUUUUUUUUUUUUAAUAAUAGAAGUUUCGUCGUCUUAAUCAGUUUCUUAAUCCCUUUUUUUAUUAAGCUAAUUACUGAUUUUCAAGUGGCUCUUGUAACAUAGAAUGAUGAAAUGGACCACUGGUUAACGG